AUGCUCGCCCAGUCCCUCUUCAUUACGGCCCUGGCCGACAGCGCACUCGCGGCCAUCCCCGCCGUCAGCAUCCCUCUGCACUACUACUACGGCGGCGGAUACAAAAUCGCGACGAACCUGAUCAACUCGGCUGCAAACACCUCGGUCGAGGUUGUCUUCGACCAGGGCUCCGAGAACUUCUGGGUCUUCGGCCCGGACGCCAUCGACAACUGGGGCUGCACCAGCCUCUUCUGCCAGGGCCAGUGCAACGCCACGGUCGAGCCGUUCUACGACUACCCUGACAGCCCAACGGCCAAGAAGCCCGAGCCGUUUGUCACGCAGUACGCGUACGGCAGCUACACCAAGGUUGUCCGGGGCCAGGAGAGCGUCAACGACACGUUCCUCUUUGCUGGCGAUGCCGGUCUCACGUCAAAGUUUGACGCCCGCGUUGCCAUCGCGACUUAUAUGCAACAGCGCCUACCGGAUGACGGUCAGUGCAAGCCGGCCCCGUAUGAUCACGGCAUCCUCGGUGCGGCGCCCUUCUACCGCACUGCGGAUUGGAACACCACCGGCCCUCACGUCCGUCAGGAUCUCCUCGAGAAGGGAAUCAUCAGCGCCCCCGUCCAGAGCAUCUGGUUCGACGAGGCCCCUGCCGACUGGAAGGGCACCUUCACCGGCAACGCCCUCUUCGGCGCCAUCGACCUGUCCAAGUUUACAGGUGACCUCGUCCGGGUACCACUCGUCCAGAAUGACGGACUGGGUGCCACCGUCGGAUACUUCGUCGCCCCUCCCACCGUCAAGGUCAAGAACGUCACGUUCGACCACUCGGGCGUCAGCACGAAGUCCUGCAUGAUCGACUCCGGCACCCAGACCAGCGACUUGCCUAUUGGCGAUGCUGCUCUCGCGGCCUUCUUUGCCGCUGCCGGUCUCACCCAUGACUCCUUUGGCCAUGUCUCUUGGAAUGGCACCUGCGACUCCGUACCCAAGGACUUCACCAUCGAUCUCGAGUUUGCAGGCGUCGAUGGCAAGAGCGUCACCAUCAAGACUCCUCUCCGCAACUACAUCCGGAAUAACGCGGACGCCGAGGCUGGAUUAUGCGUACUGAACAUCGAUACUGGCGCCUGCAUGCUUGGUGCUCCCUUCGCCACAGCUGCCUUCUUCGCUGCUGAUGACGCCAAGGGCGAGAUUGCUCUGGCGCAGGGUGGGAUUUCAAAGACAGGGAGCAAGGCGGAUGAUGCCUCUCUGUCUCUGACGAUCCCUUGA